GGCUAAUUUUAGGACUUAUUUCCUGUCUUAUUGCAGGAUCAUUGGCAGCUGAAUCUGUGACGGUUAGCAAUGAUAUAGAAGUGAAACCUACUCAAGACCCACUACUUGAUCCAGCCAACAGAGUAGAUGUUACCCUUAACUGUACUGGAAGUAGAUCAGAUCUUAGUUAUUACAUCAAAAAUAGGAUAACUUGGACUUAUAGGGUUAACAAUAGCUCGUCUGAGCUCCUUUUAACGGAAGGUUUCUACUCAACCAAAGAGGCCGCUGCUUUAUUUGAAAACGCCGGUUCACGCUACGAACUGUCGUAUGACCGUGGUGACUCCGGAUACAAAUUUGAUAUAAAGAUCUCAGGUGUGAACCGUGCUGAUAAUGGGGUGUACAAGUGCUCUUUGAUAGGUGAAGAUAACGUGCUGAUUGACUCAAAGGAAGUGAAACUCACUGUAACCAACCCAGUUGAAACUGUUGGCAUUGAAAUCCAUGAUGCUAGCCAUAAUGUCCUUGCACGGUCUAGGAAACCAGUUUCUGCUUCAAAGCCAGGUGAUAUGGUGCGUCUGACCCCAGGACAAUAUAUGGUGAAAUGCGAUGCCGGUGGCAGUAAUCCUGAACCAGUAAUGAACCUGUUCUUGAACGAUCAAAAUCCAUAUGUAUCAGUGAAAACUAUGGCAGACACCACCUCUGAGUUUGCAUCAUACACGGGCACUUUCACAGUUGACAGUUUAACAAUAAAUGCUCAUAAUGCGCCACAAGCUCUUGUUUGUAAAGCCAAUAUCCCCGGAGCCUCAUAUCCCUCUGUGGAGGCAGGAAUUGCAUUGAUGGUACAAAUUGAUAAGCCGACAAUCAAAUGUGACAAUUUCACAGCUUCUCUGGAUGAUAGACAAAGCAAAGUCGGCUGUAAUGUCUCUGCUGGUGAAAACAGUCGUGCACUUAAGUGUGACAAACUGAGUUGGUACUUGAGUGUGAAAGGUCAAAAGAUUAUGGCUGAACAGAGGUGGAAGGAUCAGACAAAAGAGUAUGACAUCAUUGAGUCUUCGUGUAAAGAUCUUGACGACAAGGGACUCCAUAUUCAAUUAAUGUUGUACACAGUAAAAGAGAAGCUGUUUAAAGAGACUUUCUUCUUGGUAUAUGGCGAGGGGCAAAAUGCUCACAGGCAACCAAUCACAUUAUAUGAUGUGACAGUUUCUGCUGCGGGUAUUGCGACACCAUUGUCACUGCUGACCGGUCUUCUUAUGGCUUUUGUAUCAACACAUCUUGCACGCUUGUAACGACAUUGACUUUAGUUUUCUAUUAAUAUCACCAUCCGUAAGUUUUAACAUCAGCCAAUCAAAUUAGAGAUGACGUCGGAAAAUCCAACGAUGAGGGCAUGUAUACAAUUGUGUUUGAAAACAGACAAAAAAAGAAAAAGAGUGUUAUAAAGCAAAGACGAGACAUAAGUUUAUGACUGGAAAAGUUUUGAACGAAAUUAUGUUGCCAUGGAAACCCGCAUAAUGAUAUAAAAAUUAUUUACCUCGUCAUUAGCUAGAACUCAUUCAUUAAUACAAAAAAAAAAAAAUUAACAUGUGUUUAACAUCCUGAUUAUUAUUUCACAUUUGUUCAGAAAUUUUCGAUCUAAAAGAAUUGGGAAUAAAGUGUGCUUAAAUAUUAUUAUAUUAUGUGCAAGACUUGUGUGUUGAAAUGAUUUUUAGAAUGAAAACAUCAACAGAAAUCAGGCAGGAAAAUAUGUUAAAAUGUGUAUUUGUUGAAAUGAUAGGAAGUUUAGUAAUCUUAUAAUUGAUAAUAUUGUAAAUAUAAUGUGUAUUGUAUUGUCCUAGAUUGAAGUCUUUUAAGUAUAAGCCACCAUUAUUUUAAUCACCAAAAAGUUUUUUUUUUGUAUUUUUCUGACUAGCUUCUGAAGUGAAUUAAAAAUUAUAAUGCCAUAUUUGAUAAUUUUUUUGUUUUGUAAAAGUAAAUGAGAUUUGGCUUUAGGAAGGCUCUUUGUAUCUGAAUGGAAAUUAAAGAAGAAGCAAUUGGAAAAAGUUUUAACAGGAAAAUAAAAUAACGUAAAAAUCUCUUAGUAUGAAUCAUAAUGGGCUUUUAUGAGUAAAUGUUGCUUUAAACAUAGUCUGAAAAAAAGAAGAACAACAACACAAUAAGCAAAUUUUAUACUGUAUACAUGUAAACAGAUCGUAUGAAUAAAAAGACCAUCUCUCUGGAAUAUACAAUACAUUUCAAUCAUGUACAGUUUAAAUUUAGAAUUUUAUAGUUGUUUUUUUUUACUACUUUAUAAAUUGAUUUAUUGAAUUAUAAUAAUCAAAUCAUUCCAACACUCCUAGUGCUAUUGUAGAAUAAAAUAUCUUCAAAAUUUAUAAAUCUUCUUUGCUGUAAGAGAUUUUUCCUCUUGUUUUGUAAGUUUCCUAGUGUUAGUGUAAGGAAUACAGAGUGAAUAUUUCUUAUAAAGCAAAGAAAUUUUUAUGAAGAUUAACCCUUGAAAAUAAAUCUAGAAUAAAAUGUCAAUGAUCUAGCUAUGUGUAUUACCCAUUGUUUAAAAUAUGUGUGUACAUUUUCCUCUUUUUAACAUAAAUAUAUAAUAUUUCAGGCUUGCAAAUUUGUUUUCCAGUUUGCAUACUGUUGUAAAAGCUUUAUCAAUGCAAAAAUAUCACAUUAAAAAAAUAAAUAAAAACUGAUCCCCACCUGACUUGUUUAAACAGUUAAAGUUCUUGAGAACACCCCCACCAUUUAUUUGUUGUCAUUUGUGUUCAAGUUAGUUAUAAUUUUUUAAUUGUUCAAAAAAUGUUCAAAAUGGAUGUUCUAUUUAUGGAGAUAAUCAUGUUAACUAAUGUUAUUCCUGUCAGUUUAAUUUUGAUUUUUGUAUCUGCAUCAAGUCGAUGUAAGCCAGAUAAUAUUCAUUCAUUAUUAAUCGCAGCAGCAGCUAAAACACGCCAUUUGAUAUACAGGGCUUCCCUCACAGCUUUCUCAAAUACACAACUAUACUUGAGAUAACGGAAAAUGUUUUCAAAUAAAAUGCAUUUCAAGAACAAAAUUUAUUAUCAUUACAAAAAUGCAUUUUUUUUCAGCAUAUGCGUUUGUUAUAAAUGCACAAGUGAAAAUGAAAAUUUGUCGCACAUAUACUUUUAAAAGCUCUGUGUAUUUUUGGCCACACCACUAUAUCAGGUCUUAAAUAUUUAUACAUGUAUCCAAUCUCUCUAUAUAUAAUUAUAUACACUAGGCUCAUGUAUAGCAUCAUGGUACGAAUUUGUUUGCGUGUUUUGAAAAGAUGAUUUUUUGAUCAUUAUUAUAUUCUGUCUGAUUUCAUUUAGCCUUUUUUUUUAUCAUCACUUCUCUAUAUCAUUACAUCAUAAUAAUUAUAUGAAUCAUCCACAUGUAUAGUUAUGUUAUACAUUUUUGCUUAGCUAAUUCCAAGUUAUUAUAUAUUUUCAAGUGGAAUAACUGUUCUUUUUUGUAUUUUACAUUACAUUUAUACAUAGAUUUUUUUUAAAAUGUGAAUGAUAUGUAACUAUGUAAUAUAACUAUACAAUAUUUGUAUAGAUGUCUGAUCGGUAUGUAUGUGGUACAAAUCCCAUGAUUGAUAAAAUACAAAACAGAAAUCCUAUAAUACGGGAAAUACUCAAAUGUGCUUUGAGAAAAAAAAAUGAGAGAAAGUGAUCUAAGAGUUGUUCGAGGAAAACUUCCAUUUUAUAACAUUUUUAAUUAAAUCAGUAAAACAAAUUUUAGCGUUGGGUAAAUCUUGAAAAAAAAAUCUGAUAAAGACUUUCAUUAGCAAAGUAGGCAUUACUGCUUUUGUAUCGAAAAAAUAAGAUAAUACUUUUAUAUUGAAAAUUGACCAUUCCUUAAUUUUAUUUGAAGAAAUUUUUUUUGAAUUGAAAUCUUGUUUUUUUACAAAGAUAUUAUAAGAAUUGUAUUUGAAUGUGUGUGUAUAUGUGAGACUUGUAAGCUUUCUAGACGAGCGUUUGACUGCUUUAAGUGUAUCCAAUAAAUGUAUGUCUGUUUUUUACACAUUGUAUUUUUCAUAUUGUAUAGUUUAUACGUUUUUUUUUCUCUUUGUGUAUUUGGUGUGUAAACAAUAAUAUUGUGUCCAUUCUUAAUAAAAGGAUAAAUUUUAUGUGUAAUUUUUCAAAGUUUAAACGAGAUAACAUACACAUAAAUUUCUAUUUUAUCAUCAACAUUUCUCCUGUAAGAUAUAUUAUUUUAGUACUGUGUUAUGCAAAAUCCUUAUAAAUAAUUAUUGAAAAACAGAAACUAACCAAAACAACCCUCACAGUUUGAAAUGAUUAAGAAAAGAAUAUCAAAAUAUUGAACAAGGUAUAUCAACAUUUCAGCUGAAGUAGUGAGAAAGAUUCAAACUUCUAGCAUAUGCCUGACUUUUUGUAAUACAUAACUAAUAUUAUAUAGCUGUUAAAAAAAAAAUAUCUUGUAGAAAAAUGUAUCCAUAUGUUUUAAGAAAUAAUAUUGAGUUUUAAACAUGUAUGAAAAAAAAUGUAUAUCGAAAGUUUGUCAUCAUUUUUAACAUUCUUAAUCAUGCUUCAAAUGUUUAAUAAAACAGUACGAGAAUUUU